AUCCACAUCAUGGAAAAUCAAGUAUUAGAAUCCUCUGAAGAGAGAACAUUCCAGUACCAGAGUUCUCUUCCUUCGCUACCAGUUCCUGCGCUUGAUGAAUCUUUGAGGAAAUACCUUGAUGCAGUAAAACCAUUCUUAAAUCAAGAAGAAUAUCAAAGAACUGAGGACAUAGUUAAAAAGUUUGAACAUGGGAUUGGAAAAGAGUUGCAGCAUAAAUUACUGGAAAGGGCUAAAACAAAGAAGAAUUGGCUGGAAGAAUGGUGGUUGAAUGUGGCUUAUCUUGAUGCCCGCAUACCAACACAAAUAUAUUACAACUUUGGAGGCCCAGGCCCUUACCUUGAACACUACUGGCCACCCAAAGAAGGAACUCAAAUAGAAAGAGGAUGCAUAGCUACAUGGCAUACCUUGAAAUACUGGGAGCUAAUAAGAACGGAAAAACUGGCUGUGCAUAGACAUGGAAAUAUGCCUUUGGACAUGAACCAGUUCCGAAUGCUGUUCUGUACUUGCAAGAUUCCAGGGAUUACUAGAGAUUCUUUAAGCAGCUAUUUUAGAACUGAGAGUGAAGGUGAAUGCCCAUCCCACUUAAUAGUCUUGUGUCGAGGUCGUGUGUUUGCCUUUGAUGCAGUACAUGAAGAUCAUAUACUGAGUCCUCCAGAGAUUUUCAGGCAACUUGCAUACAUCCAAAAGAGGUGCCAUAAUGAACCUGAUGGACCAGGGCUGGCAGCCUUAACAAGUGGGGAGAGAACCAAGUGGGCAGAGACACGUGAAUAUUUAAUUAAUCUCAAUCCAAAGAAUUUAAAUCUACUGGAAAAAAUUCAGAGCAGCUUGUUUGUGAUCUCCCUUGAUGAUUCCAGUCCUGAUGGAACCCCUGAGGAUUAUACUCCGAUCACCAAGUUGGCUAUAACAGGAGAUCCAACUGUAUGCUGGGGAGACAAAUCCUACAACUGCAUAAUAUUUUCCAAUGGGACAUUUGCGUCAAACUGUGAUCAUUCUCCUUUUGAUGCCAUGGCUUUGGUAGUCAUGUGCUCUUCUCUUGAUCAGAAGAUUAUUGAAAGUGAGGGAAGGUGGAAGGGAUCAGAUAAAGUGCGGGACAUUCCAUGGCCAGAAGAACUUGUUUUCACAUUGAACCAGAAAGUGCUAAAUGACAUUGGACGAGCUAAAGAACUGUAUGCUCAGCAGGUAUCUGACUUGCAGCUCGUGAAUUAUGCCUUUACAGCCUUUGGCAAAGCACUGACCAAGAAGAACCGGCUUCAUCCUGAUACAUUUGUUCAGCUUGCUGUCCAGCUGGCCUAUUAUAAACUUCAUGGACACCCAGGCUGCUGUUAUGAAACUGCCUCGACCAGACGUUUCUUCCAUGGACGCACAGAGACUAUGAGACCAUGUACAAUGGAAGCAGUGGAGUGGUGCAGAUCUAUGCUGGAUCCAUCUUGCAGUUUGCAUAAACGGCAGCAGCUGAUGCUAAAGGCAUUUGCAAAGCACAACAAGAUGAUGAAAGAGUGCGAGAAUGGAAAAGGGUUUGACCGUCAUCUUCUAGGUCUCCUGCUCAUAGCAAAAGAGAAAGGACUCCCUGUGCCAGAACUCUUUACAGACCCUGCAUUCACUAGAAGCGGGGGAGGUGGAAAUUUUGUGCUCUCAACUAGCCUGACUGGCUAUACUAAAGUCAGUGGAGCUAUGGUCCCCAUGAUACAUCACGGCUAUGGCUUUUUCUAUAGAAUCAGAGAUGACAGAAUUGUUGUGACCUGCACCGCCUGGAAAUCAUGCCCAGAGACCGAUGCAGAAAUGUUGUGUAAGAAUUUGUUCCAGUCAUUUCAGGACAUGAUACAGCUAAUGGCCACAGCCCAUCUCUAGAGUUGAUGGUGACAUUACUGUGCCUUCACAUAAUGUGCAUUAUUGUAUCUGGUACUAGCUGAAUGAAAUGCUUAUCACAAGGAGCGUUAAACUCUGUGUAAAACACUUAAUGAUAGUUCAGAAUAAUUAAGCACAACUAAUGCAAAACCUAUGUAUAUUUUAAGUGAUUUACUGCAGCAGCAAUGCAAGUUUCAUUUUGCAGCAACAAUGCAAACUAUGGCAAACCAUCGGAGUAGAACUAUGCAAUAUUAAACUAUGCCUCAACAAUGCAAAUGUAUCAGACUAUUGUGAUUUUUGGAAAAUGGAGAAUUUGAGAUGUCUUGUUUUUAUAAUCUUUGUAAUGGUAUCUGAUAGAGUAUAUAAUAAUUUGGUGAAGCUUAUUUCUGUGGUGUACUUAUUUGUAGUUCUGUGCUAAUAUGCUAUGGUGCUUUCUUGAUGGACAUUGGUAACAAUUUUUAUUCAUUUUUAUUUGUGAAAGAAUCAAGAAGAAGAAAUACUAAAUAACAGGCUCUUCAAGUAAUAUGAUUUGUAUUACUAGCUAUCUUCCAUUUUCACCAUUGGGAUUAUUUCUAGUGAAAGGCUUAUUUGUAAAUAAAGUCUAAUUUCUCAGGUGAGUACUGAGGUCACUAUAGUUUGGAAAUACUUUUUAAAAUUCAAGAUGCUUCCCUUUCAAAAUUAAGAGUGGAAACUAGGAUGACUACUUGUAAAUUUCCAAGGGAUGACAUGCUUGUGACUACAAAUAUCACAGCUACACCACAGAAAUAAAUUGCACUUUUAAACUGGCAGUAAGUAUAGUCUGAUAAAAAACUCAGGAUUUUAAGCUUCCUUUGGAUUUUAAAUAAGACUUUUGUUAAAAUUUGUCAUUUCUUUUCUUAGAAAUAAAACAGUCCAAAAA